CAGAGGCGGAAGUAAAGCCAUGUACAGCGCCUGUUUACCGUCGAGGUGGAGGGACAGCUGUUUUUCAGGUUUUUUUGGAGGAAUGCAAAGUCCUCUAUCCUUAAGACAAAUGAGCACUGGUCUUAUCUACACCUGUCAGUGUUCUGUCCUGUUAUCCAGUAGAGGUCACCCUUGAGCAUCUCUAAGAGAACAGGCUUUUGAACUGUGCAAGGCAUAAUCCAAGUUCUUUGUAAAUUCUUGGAGAAAAUCAAAGACAGACACAGAGGAAAUUUUAAAAUACUGAUCUUGAAAGCAGUGUCUCAAGCCCAGAGAUAUUAGUGCAUUCCGAAAGGUUUGGGCUACCUGACAAUUAUGGCACCAGGAAACUUCUUGUGUAUGAGAAGUAACUUUCUCUUUGGUUCAAGAAGUUGGAUGAUCCGAUUUUCAGCCGAAAUCCUUUUUAAAUCAGUUUCAUUUAGGCCUUUUGGUGUGAAGUGUGAUAAUGCAGACAGUGAGCCUUUGAAGAAUGAAGAACUGCUGAAUAAUUUGCUUACUUUGGGAGUAGAUAUUGACAUGGCAAAGAAACGACAGCCUGGAGUUUUUAAUAGGACAGGUACUAAUGAACAGGACCUUAAGUCAUUCCUCCUGUCCAAAGGAGCUAGCAAAGAAGUGAUUGCUAGCAUCAUAUCAAGAUAUCCACGAGCCAUGACACGCACACCUGAAAGUCUUUCAAAUCGGUGGGAUUUGUGGAGAAGAAUUAUGACAUCAGACCUUGAAAUUGUAAAUAUCUUGGAACGUUCUCCUGAAUCCUUUUUUCGGUCCAGUAACAACUUAAACUUAGAGAAUAAUAUAAAGUUCCUCAGCUCAAUUGGAUUGACCCGUAAAUGCCUUUGUCGAUUGUUGACCAAUGCCCCACGCACCUUCUCCAAUAGUCUUGAUCUGAAUAAACAGAUGGUUGAAUUUUUGAAAGAAGUCUGUUUGUCUUUGGGUCACAGUGAUCCCACAGAUUUUAUCAGGAAGAUAAUUUUUAAAAACCCUUUCAUCUUAAUUCAGAGCACCAAACGGGUAAAGGCUAAUAUAGAGUUCUUACAGUCAACGUUCAACUUGAACAACAAGGAGCUGCUUGCUCUGAUAUGUGGUCCAGGAACGAAAAUCCUAGAACUUUCCAAUGAUUAUACCAGAAGAAACUAUGCAAAUAUCAAAGAGAAGCUGUUUUCUCUUGGAUGUACUGCAGAACAGGUACAGAAGUUUGUUUUAAGUUAUCCAGAUGUGGUCUUCUUGGGAGAGAAAAAGUUUAAUCAUAAAGUAGACUGCCUCAUAGAAGAAAAAAUUAGCAUUUCACAAAUAAUGGAAAAUCCUCGGAUUUUGGAUUCAAGCGUAAGCACUUUAAAAAAGCGAAUCAAAGAGUUGGUAAAGUCUGGCUAUAACUUCAGUACAUCAAAUGUCAGUCUUCUGUCUUGGAGUCAAAAAAGAUAUAAUGCUAAAUUGAAAAAGUUAAGCACUGUAUAGAACACUGUUCUGGGAAAUUAAGCAAAGGAGUGUCUUAUAAUGUAGUGAUAGAAUGUCAUUUUGAAUUUGGAGCUGUCAAAAAGAGGUUUGCUUUCUUAACUAUAUGUACAUAUAUAGUGUUCCUUUGGAUAUUUUAUUUUAAAGAUUCAUAAAAACUCAUGGUCAGUAUAGUCUUUCCAGCUACCUUUUCUGUAGUUUGAAGUAAUACAACAUUCAACUUUAUAAUAAAGGUCAUCGCUGUUAUAUAAAUGGUAGUUGCUGAGUGCUAAGACAGAAUAUGUAUAGAAAGUACAAAAUAAGCUUUUUUUUGGUUUAUGCUUAAAUUUUAAAAUGGACAGAUUCACUUAGUUCUAGUUCCUCUCAUGGUGUUAAAUGGAAGCCUAUUUCUCCUGUUAUCCCAUGUAUCUUAUUAUUAUUUACCUUCAAAAGAGAAUGCCAGUAAAAAUCUGACAACAGGAAGGAGGAAUUUUUUGUCCCAUAUCCUACAUACUCUAUUUACGCCACUGGUAUGCUCCACCACUCCACACCACCAACUUGGGCUCAGUUUUUCUGGGUCUAUCCUGAUGUUUUUGAAUAUAAAGGCCACUAUGGUAGGUAGAAUAAUGGCCACUCAAAGAUAGCACUGUCUUAAUUACCAAAACCUUUGGAUAUGUUACAUUAUAUUGCAAAAAGACUUUGUAGAUUAAGGACCUUAAUUUAAGAUUCUGAGUUGAGGAAGGACCUUUGUGAUUAAGGACCUUAAUUUAAGAUUCUGAGUUGAGGGAGUUACUGUGGAUUAUCUGGGGGAGCCUAAGUGUAAUCAUAAUGGUCCUUAAAAGUGGAAGAGGGAGGUAAAAGCAGAGGUCAGAGUGAUGUGGUGUAAGGACUUGACCCACUUUUACUGACUUUGAAGGAAGGGGACAUGAACCAAGGAAUGCAGGCCUCUAGAAAGUGGAAAAGGCAAGGAAGUGUUCUUCCCUUGUGCCUCAGAAAGGAGCAGCCGUGCUGAGACCUUGACUUUAACUCAUGUUAACCUUCAGACCUCCAGAGCCAGAAGAUAAUAAACGUUGUUUUAAGCCACUGAGUUUGUGAUAAUUUGUUACAGCAGCAAAUAGACUAAUUUUGAGGUGAAAAAAUGUACCUUUAGUAUCAUAUCUGUAUUUUUUCCUCUUGUAAUUAUUUUUAAAUCCACCUACCUUUCUGAAAUGUCUGAUAAGUUAAUGUUUGUAAAGUCCUCUAAAUGUAUUGAUAAAAAUCUUAAUGUAAGUAAUAAAAUCUAAAUAAAGAAAUAUUUUGCCUAGUGAGUUAGUGUAAUGAAUAAUGAUAAUUUCUGUGAUUUUUUUUAUUGGUAUUUCUUCUCAUGUAAAUAAAGAAGCAGAAGUUUCUAGAGGCAUUGACUUAAAAAAAAUGACAAACAUGAUAUCUGUAUCUUGAAGAAGUUCACAGUCUAGCUUUAUUUAACUGAGAGAGGUAACAAAUUAUAUGACCUUUGUUAUUUUUUAUUGUUUUCCAGAGGCAUUUGUUUUCAUGAUGUGGAUUUCGAAUUAAAUAACAAUGACACAUAACCUUUGAAGCCGUCUUUCUUGUUAUCCUUUUAUUUUCUUUUAGUGAAGUAUAGUUGAUUUACAGUGUUGUGUUUCAGGUGCACAGUAUAGUGAUUCAGUAUUAUUUUUGCUGAUUAUACUCUGUUAUAUGUAUAUAUAAGACAUAUAUGUCAAGAUAAUGGGUGUAAUUCCCCAUGUUAAGCCUUCUUAUCAUUGAUACCUCAAAAAUACUUAUUCCUACCACUGAUAGAAACAGAAUGCUUGUUUUUUUCCAAAGCUGUUUAUCAAUGACACUCCUUUGCAAUUACUUCCAAUAAACUCUGAUGGCAGACCUGGCAUAAUUUAGAAAUCAUGGGCUUUAUAAAUACAUUUCUUUAGAGUAAUAUAUCUGGGCACCAUUUCUGACUAUCAUGGUAACUAUGUAAAUAUUUUGAUUUUAUUGAACUUAUUUUCUCACCUGUAAGAUUAAAAAUUGACUUCAUAAAGAAUCAGAUGACAUAGGGUCUUCAAGUUUUCUUGCACAUAGUUAACUGUUCAAUAGUAGCUGUAAUAAAUACUUACAGUAGUAUUUUUAAAAACAGUUUUAUUGAUGUAUAAUUCACAUAUCAUGUAGUUCAAAGUAAAGAAUUUAGUUUUUUAAAAA